AUGACUUCCACCCCCGAACUCAUUGCCGGCAUAAGCUCGUCGAUAGCCCGAUUCAGCGCCUACAUCUUUCUUCGAUGGAUACCGGGUCACCAUUUCCCUCCUGUCAUCAUCACAGCACUGGCUGUCUAUCUCGCUUCCGUCUUCGGCAAACCGGACGCGUUCGGGUCGAGUAGACCGCCGUUGCACGAGACAUUCCCCAAGCUCUUUCCACACCAGGACGGCAAUACGAAGCCACAGGAAGAAGCGGAAGAGCAGGUUCAAGACGACCAUGAGGAGCCGGUGUUAUAUGAGGAUGAGAAGUCGUUCUUCAGGACAAUCCUCUUCGGGAUACCCGACUGGAGGAAGGCACGAUGGAGUUACAUUGCCAUUGGCAUAAAUGUGCUUCUGGCUCUGUUGACGCUGGACAUGGUGUUUCGUGCGCCUCUCCUAAAUCCAGUGCGAGAUUUGAGCUUCACCAGGGUGGGAUACGUGGGUUCGGAUUCCGCCAAAGUCCUUGUCAGAGAGCCAGAUCCUGCUCAGCUGCCCAUGUAUGUCUACCUCUCACCUGCCGCCUCAACCAAAUGGGAGACCACCGACACCAUAUACUAUCUGGGACCAGAUACCGACUAUACAUACGCAAUCACCUUCCAAGGUCUCCAACCAUCCAAGAAGUACAUCUACUCAUUGUCCAACGACAAAUCUGGCACGUUUACAACAGCACCAUCCCCCCGGUCCGGAGCGGCGAACAGCUUGACCUUUCUCACCUCCUCUUGCAUCAAGGCCAACUUUCCCUACAGGCCUUGGUCUCAUUCUCUCGCAUUUCAUGGCUUUGAGCAUCUGUCAAAAGUUGUACGAUCCUUGCCAUCUCCAGCUUCUUUUAUGCUGUUCCUGGGCGACUUUAUCUACGUCGAUGUCCCAAUGCGGCUAUCAUCCUCUCUUCAGCAUUAUAGGUCUGAAUACCGCCGAGUUUAUGCUUCGCCUUCAUGGUCUUUGCCGGGGCUCGACACUCUGCCGUGGUACCAUACCUUGGACGAUCACGAAAUAGCCAACGACUGGUCUGGCGGGAAUGACACCGAUCCUUUCCCAGCAGCCUCUGACCCCUUCAUCCAAUAUCAUGUCUCAGUCAACCCCCCGGUUCCAGCAGGUGCUCCGACGGGCCCAGAGGCGAAUACAACCUACUUUCAGUUCUCGAAUGGCCCAGCGUCCUUUUUCAUGCUCGACACCCGACGAUAUCGCACGGAUCCCGAACCUGUCUCUUCCGCAACCCUUAGUGCUCCGUCUCGAGGCUCAAACCACACGAUGCUUGGCGCCGCUCAAUUGGCCUCUCUUCUUAAAUUCCUGUCCACCCCUGAACCUGCGCACGUCCACUGGAAGAUAGUCGCCUCGUCCGUUCCAUUCACUAAGAAUUGGCGCUUUGGCACAUCGGACACCUGGGGCGGAUUCUUGGGAGAACGAUCCGAAAUCCUGGCUGCGAUGCAUGCCGCUGAGCGUGAUCUCGGUGUCCGCGUCAUUGUCCUCUCGGGUGACCGUCAUGAGUUCGCCGCCAUUCGUUACCCUCCUCCCAUUGUCGAUCUGGCUGCCUUGAUACCCAUCCCUCAAAGUCAGAGCAAUGCCAAGCUACCAUCCUCAGCAGAGCCGACGCAGGUGUCAAACAUCGUCUAUGAUCGUACUCCGCAGGCCGGGCCGCACGAGUUUUCCGUCGGCCCUCUCAGCAUGUUCUACCUACCCUUCCGCACCUUCAAGCAGAUCGACGAGGAAGACGUCGCCAUCAAGUAUCUACCUGACGGAAACAGCAAGGUUGGCGCCAUCGAAAUCCGCAAUCUGGCCGGCGAGGAGCAGCGCAGUCUGCUCAAGUACUCUCUUUACAUUGACGGUUCGUUGGUGUGGGAGUACACGCUCACCAGUCCGGCCAUUGGUUCGACGCGGAAAGGAAGAUCCUGGGUCUCCAGUGACAGCUGGCUGUGGAGUUGA